AUGGACCUCCUCUCCAUGGAGGACGAGCUUUUGGAGAACAGCAGAAACGUCAUCGACAGUUGUGUCUACUUCCACAAGAUGGCUUGUCAGUGGUACGACAGCAGCAAGCAGGCGGGGUACAGUAAGUAUGAGUUUGCCAAGAACUGGAAGAAUUUGCUGAGGGAGAUGAUUGAUGUGCAGAAGAUUGCCUACGUUAAGGCGGCGGAGUUUUGCGAGAUGUUGGAAGAUGAAGCUUGAUUGUGA